CGAUUACCUUUUUUUUAGCACCUCCAGGACAUUUAUAAACGGCUGGUGUUUGUACAAAGGAUCAGUAUUCGAAAUGGCACUUUUGAGAGUUUGGUUACUGUGUCUGCUGGUAGGCGUGGCGGUCGGUCGACAGGUUCCCUCGGAAGCGGUGGAGAUAUGGAACGAAGCCAUGGGACCGUAUCGCGAGCAAUGCGCCAGUGAGACCAACGUCGAUCUGGACACCGUGGCGACGAUGUUUUCCGAGGCGAGUCCCAUCGAUGACGGCGACCACCACUGCUACGUCCACUGCGUGUUCCAGCAGGUGAAUUUCAUUUCGGCGGAAGGAGAAUUCGACAGUGAGACCAUCCAGAACACCGCUUCGUUUUUGAAUGAAGAUCAAGUGGGAGGUUGCGUGAGCUCCGGCGAGGAGGCGGAAGAGCUAUGCGAGAAAUCGUAUCGGCUCUUUGAAUGCAUCAUCGACGCCGUUGCCGAGGAUUAGUCCAGAUCUGAAGCUUGUCAGUAGUCAAUCCCUUAGACGUGCAAUUAAAAUAAAACCAAAAUCGCCAGUUUUUGAAAAAUUUGGCUUCGUAGAGACCUACAUAUUCUCAUAUUUGGAAGCGCAAAAGAUGGCAUUACGUUAGAGUUUGAGCAAUUGCCGAAAUCCAUUCUACAAGCGAAAAAUGUCACUACGAGGCUUCCAAUCUUUCGAAUUAUCUUAUUUGAAUUUAUAAAUUUGAGCAUA